CUUGGCGCACGCAGUUGCGGCCGGCUUUGCCGUGGCCGCAGCUGCUUCGCCACUAGGGCCAGUGGCGAUCCCAGUGGCAUUGGGAGCAGCCCUUGUAUCAUUUAUUGGUGGAAAACAUAAACAGGCUACACAGGCAGACGAGCCUUCUGUAAUCGCAGAAGAAGAAGAAGAAGAAGAAGGUCCCAGCGAUGCUGACCAUGGAUUGAAGCCAAACUUUGUGAAGUUUGUGGUCGUCACAGACCAGUCGACUCCUGUGGAUCACUUCCUGCCAGGUUGUGUUGCAAAGCCCUUGUUGGACCAGCAAAAGGAUGCCAUUCACCUCUAUAGUGGAAACAGUGUCUACCAGCAAAUGAACCAGGCCCUGCGAAAGGACGACCAGACAGGUUUGAAAACUUACGGCAGCUUGAUCAACCUGACGAUGCAGCCUUUCAGUUUUGCUGCCAUGCAGAGGCCAGGCUCACUUUUGACGCCUUAUGUUGGUACAGUGUGGCGAGGAUGCCAGUUGCCAGAGUUUGACCGGAAAAAGUACAGUACAAGGUGGGCAAUGUUGUCCUUUGGGAAGGCUUUUCUUUUCGUCCACCUCCAAAACAUUGACCGCUGCUUUUGGCGGCAAUUUCAGGUUUGAGAUUCAUUGCAACAAAUGCUUGAUGGCAACGCAAACCAACAGAGAGGGUCUGAACGGAAAUGGGGUUGACAUCUUUGUUCCAGCUCAGAUUCAGCAUCUUUCCCAGUAUCCAAAUGAGGAUGAGGUGCUUUACCCUCCCUACACCAAAUUCCGGGUGGUGAGCCGCAUCGAUGGACUACUCGGAGAAGUGACUGUUGUGAUGGAGACCAUGGAAUUUCCCUGCUUGAAUUCCCUAAUGCAGCAGGGUCAAUGGGACAAGGUGCAGCAUGGCAUCGCGGCCCGCAGCCAGUCUGCCACCAAAGCUUCUCCUGCCUGGUUGACCCAGCAUCAGGAGCAGGAAGGUUCCUUCCUGUCCCAGGUGGCAAAGAAGGUGGUGAGUGAAGGUGCCACUUCGGGUGGCUUGGCCGUGAUCCCACAACUUCAAGGAUUGGGUGCAAAUCCACAGAAAGCACAUGAGAUCUUGAAAGCUGCCAUGAUGGACCAGUAUGUGCCACUUCCGGAGUCCCAUGGCAAGUGGUACUUUGAUGUGGGCCUGAUGAAUGCUGAUGACAAGCAGCUGGCAGAUCGAAUCCAUGAGGAGGGCGGCACAACGUGGCAAAAGUACUUUGCAUGACAAGCCACAGCCCUUGAGGCCUGGUAUUUGGCCGGCCAGAAGGGCCAAGUUCAGUUCACCGUGAUGAACAACAUUGGAAGGGAGGUGCCCUAUGUUGUUUGGAAAGAUGAGACAGGGCAAAUGUUGCAGAAAGCUACAGGUGGUGGCAUGAUCGGAAAUCAUCGUCGAGUUCGCCGUGCCUGCCCGGAGAAGACCUCAAAGUCGAGCAAGGAAAGCUCCGCAAAGAGUGGGAUUUCUGAGCACAAGUGAUGCGGAUGCCAGUGAUAUGCUACUGGCUGAAGUUUCAAUGUGCCAACCAGGCGCAACACAGAUAGUUUGCACAAUUCCGUGAGUCUUUUGAUUGGCGCAACAAGUCGCCUUUGUUUGAUCGCAGUCUAGUAGAUUGCAGGUGC